GUCACAGCUUCACUCUGCUCUCUCAGUCCACCCUGCAGAGAGGCACGCUGUUGCUGCUCUGUGAUCUGAAGCAGUAAAAGCCAUGUCUUUGGGAGUCUGUGCUCUGCUCAUCAUCCUGUGCAAUGUUUGGUGCUCGAUCCGUGGGACUUCUGUGAUGAUCCCAGAUGUUGCUGUGAGGUGUGCUGAGGAAGCAGUGCUGCCCUGUAAAGCUCUUCAGGACUCCUCCAUCUCCUACCAGACAGCAUCUUGGUAUAAGAUGGCUGGAGACAGCGAAGGAAUAGUAUGGGAAGUCCUUGAUGUGGAAUCUCACUAUCCACAAGAAGCUGGGGAUUCCUUGGAGCUCUCCAAUGACACCUCCUUUUCACUAAGGAUCAAAAAUGCAACCGGCCGAAACAGCGGGACAUACAAGUGUACUUUGGAGGGGCAGAACGGAGAACGCAAUCUGAGCAGCACAGUCACAUUAAAAGUAACAGGUUGCCCUGGAAUAGAAGAGGACAAAAUAAAAAAAUACAAAGGCGAGCUCUUCAUGCUGACUUGUCUUGGGAUUUUUUACUUGCUGCUCAUCUUCUUUACUUGUACAUGUCUAAGAAAAGAGACUAUAUCUCCCAGUUAUCAAAAACCCAGACCAGAUAUGAAGCACAUGCUCACCCUCAUCAACGUACAUGAAAUAACAACUUUCCAGCAUUCAAACAGCAACAGCACUUGCAAAAAUGACCUUCCUUCAAGUUCUGUCUAAGUUGACGUUGAUGGCACUGUGGACUCAUCAGUAAACACAAGCUAGAUGGCUGAGUGCUAUGGAGAGGAAAUAAAUGCUAAUAUAGGGUCUCUUCAGAACAGCCUGAAAGUACAGGUACAUUGUCAGUGACCUGCUUGUGCUGGACAAGCCUUUGGCAAGCCCUGUUAUGCACUACGGUAACUUUUGAGAGUUAGUCAGCUAAGAAAUACUUUUACAGCUACACAACAUGUUACAAUGCUGUUAUGAGGUUGGUAUCAAAUUUCACUCCUCUGUGAAGCCCUCUUUUUCUGAGAAAGAAUAUGCUUCUAACACGAGGACUGAGUUGUAGGGAGGCCAUGGCCGUGGCCUCUGUGCAAAGCCAGCAGAUGAAGCUCUUCACUGGAUUGAUAUCUCCCACCUUUCCAAAGCAAAACCUGCAGGUGCUGUGGUAUGAAAAGAUGAGUGUGCAAGGCUGUCUCUGCUCUGAGCCUGAUCCUGGAUGAAGUUCCUUUACUGCAAAUGAGAUGUAACUCAUCAUUUGAUGUUCAAGUAGGCUGAAGAGGUAACUUCAUGCUCUUGCACUGGAUGGAUCAAAGCAACAUCCACUCUUAAGUCUUAGAGUGACAGACAAGCUGAGAAGGAAGAAGAUUUUCUCAAAAUCUUUCUGGACUGAAUGAACUUUUUAUCUCAGCAGGAGAAAUAGGGAUGUAAUUUCCAGAUUAAUCGAUAGGAAGCUUCAAUGAGACUCUAAUCUUAAAUAAGAAUGAAGAAGACUGUGAUAUUAAGGACAUGGAAAGAUGACUUAUUGUGCAGUUUACAAAACAUGGAGCCAAAUGUGUGCAAUACUUAUGUCAGUCCAGUUACACCAGUGAGGACCAAAGCCAUGGCUUGGAAGAAACCAACCAACUACAUCUUAGGGAUGUAUUAAGUUAGCUAUGAGAUACAGGAAUGGAAGAUGGGACAUACGAGCUUUUGGUGUUGGCAACGUGUGUAUGCGAAAAAAAAGACAUGAGAAAAACUGAACUCAGGCACGCAGUAAAGGGGAGAGAAGAUUUGUCCUUUUGGACCAAAGUGCAAGUGAUCCUAGGCUCUGAAUCCAAGGAACCACCUUCUAUUGGAUUACUAGUGCAGAAGGGGAAGGAAGAGGAGUCUAAAGUGACUGUGGUUGCUUAUGCCAUAAUGUCAGAAUUUGAGCCCAAACAUCAUAACUUGCAUACCCUGCAGAACACAGUCUUAAAACAUUACUUCAAGAACUGACCGGCAAUAUUAGAAUUUUUAAUGCAGUUUGGAAUUCCAGGCUGUUGAUAAAAAGAUCUUUCUGUAAUCCUUUGACUAAUUUUGAAGUGUUGAUGGGAAGAAAGCUGUACAUCACUCAGCACUGGCUCUGUCAGCAGGGUAGAUGUCUGCAUUGCUGGAGUCCAAGAGGCUCCUGACUAGAAUGACUUACAGUUACAAGGGAUAUGCAAAUUACUUAGAACAUAAUAAAGUAAUGCCACAUUGCCUUUUUUUCUGUAAUUUUUACAUUUAAAUAUGUGUAGGAUACUUGAAAUAAAAAUUCAGAGAUAACCUAACAUUUGUUUUUGUGAGCCACAUAUGGCAAAUAAACCCAGAAAUACUCCG